CUUCAAUCGCCGAUCUGCCAUUUUGAUCUAUUUGACCCCGCAAUGUCUAUUGCAUGUCCAAUGACUUCGGCUCGCGACGAAUGUUCUGUUUGUCUGAAGUAUAUAAGGCAGACUUCUCGAUAUGCUAAAUAUCAGUUGAUCAAGCACCUACACUUCUCGCAUAUCAACUUCCGUGAAAAACACCCGCGGUCCGAAACGGCCCUCAAAAUGCAUUGGCAAUACGCAGCUCUACUCUUCAGCACGGCUUUCUCCGGUGCACUGGCUGCAAAGGCCUCCCCAGGCUGUGGAAAGGCUCCAGUCGUGGUCGGACCAGAUGCAAGCACGAAGCCUCUUAACGUGACUGUAGGUGGUCGGGCACGGUCAUACUUUGUGAAGCUACCGGACAACUACGACAACAAGCACCCCUACCGUCUAAUCUUCACGCUUCAUGCCCUCGGGGGUACGGCGCAACAAGUGACCAUCGGAACCGGGGGAUAUCUGCCCUAUUAUGGCCUGCCCUCUCUAGUCAACGAUACCGUGGGUGCAAUCUAUGUCGCCCCGGAUGGCAUCAGCAAUGGAUGGCAGAACACUGGCGGACAGGACGUCACCUUCAUCAGCACACUAGUCAAGACGCUCAACGAUGACCUCUGUAUCGACGAAAAUCUGCGCUUCUCCACAGGAUUCAGCUACGGCAGCGCCAUGUCGUAUGCAAUCGCAUGCUCACUGGCCAAGGACUUUCGCGCCGUGGCUGCUCUCUCUGGAAACCCUCAAAUUAGUGGCACCUGCGCGGGCGGCAAUGAUCCCAUCGCAUAUUACGGCCAGCAUGGAGUGAGCGACCAGGUCUUGCCUAUUUCCGGCGGCAGACAGAUGCGUGACCGUUUCGUGAAGAACAACGGAUGUACUGCCCAAACCCCAGCCGAGCCCGCCGCGGGCAGUGGCACGCAUAUCAAAACGGUGUACCAAGGCUGCGACCCUAAGUACCCAGUCGUCUGGGUCGCUUUUGACGGGCCACACACACCACAGCCGAAGGAUGCAGGAGCGACCGAAACCUUCUCGCACCACGAGACAUGGGAGUUCUUCAAGCAGUUUACAUGA